CUAUGCGUGGACCCGCGGUAGCAGCAGUAGCGGUGGUGGCGGCGGUGGCGGCCCUCUUGAGCGCUCAGGUAGCGGGAGCGGCAGCGGCAAGGCGCAGCGGCAGCGGCGGCGGAGUGGGAGGUGACGCCGGCGACCUGCAGGUGACCGACGCGGCGAUGGCGGGUCUCCUGGGGUCACAGGAGGUGCAGUAUCCCUACAGACCCGACACGUUCAAGUCGCCCGUCGAGCUGCGUCAGUACCUGAACGCCCUCGACGCCUACUACGCCAUCGCCGGCAGACCCAGGUUCGGCAAGCGAGGUAUGCGCGGAGCCUCCCAGUCGCGACAAAUGUAUUCCUCUGACCUCUACGAUUACUGAGAUCGAUGACGUCACAGCGCUACUACACAUUCACUCCCCCAUCGCCCUUCCCUACAUCUCCCCACGAGAUGAAUAUCUUCCCCACCCCCUACUUUAGCUCUAUGGACCGCCCCCACCCACCCCACCUUUCUCCUUCCCUCUCUCGAUCCCCCAACAGCUGGGUAUAUAAUUACAGCCAUGAGGAAUUCGUCGAGAGAGUGCUAAACAUGGGGAGACUUGUAGAUUUUUGAAGGCGUAAAGAUACAUAUAUAUAUUUAUAGAGAUACAUACAUAUAUGUGUAUAUGUAUGCAUAGACGUAAAUAUGUAGAUAUAUACAUACAUGUAUACAUCACCUUACCUUCAUUCUGACUGUUUAUUGAUAUAUGGUGAAGAAAAGGUCUUGUACCCCCCACCUACCCCUUCUCCCCCCCCCCCCCCCCAAGUUCUCCGUACGUGGAAACUGAUAUCGAGAUUUCGCUCCACCUCAAGAGAGGGAUGAAAGCAAAGGAAAUGGAAGAAGAAGAAGAUGAAGAAGAAAGAUGAGAGAAGAAGAAGAAGAAGAAGAAAUGCAGUACUAUGUCGUAACUCAUUCACGUAUUCAUUUUGUCUCAUCUGUCUCCUUCUUUGAAUAUUUCUCUGUCUAUUUAUAUAUAUUUAUCUCUGUUAUCACUACUCUCUCUCUCACUCUCUCUCUCUCUCUCUCUCUCUCUCUCUCUCUCUC